GCGCUAAUUGUCUAGCCACGCCCAUAACCAAGAUGGCGCACAGCUAUGAAAAUUUUAUGGGCAACAAGGAUUUUCAUCCUGGUAGUUUGAGGAAUUUGAGAAAAGUAUGGGAGGCUAAGGAACAAUUAAAAUUGGAUGAGAAGAGGCAGGAGGAGCUACGCCAGCAGUACUUCAAAGAACAAGAAAUAUACAAGUCAAAGGAACUGAUUGGGAAAGCAAAUCCUAUGGAUUUCAUGUAUGAGCCUCCGCCAUCAUUUGCUAAAGAUGAUAAAAAGGAUAAAGAAAAAGCCGAAGAUGGUUCUGCAGUGAAGUUUGACUGGCAGAGACAGGACAAAGCUCCACCCAGAGAGAGUUUUGCUAAGGACAACGAUCGUAUAGUUGACCAACCGUUUGGUAUUGAGGUUAGAAAUGUGAAGUGCAUCAAAUGUGGAAAAUGGGGACAUAUUAAUACUGACAAAGAGUGUCCAUUGUUUGGAAAAGCAAGGCCAGAGAGUCAAGCCAAACCUUUUGAAGUACCAAUCAUAACCGACUGGGACAGUAUCAAUGAUGGCCUAAAAUUCAAACAAUGCGUCAAAGAUCGUGUCAUAGACUCCAGUGAUCCUCUUCAGCAGUUUGUUGUCUCUGAUGAUGAUGAAGAAAAGGAAUUAGCAAAACUCUUAGAACAAUUUCCACCCGAGCAACGCAAACGUCUACUCAAGAAGCUCACUAAAGCAGAAAAGAAUGAUAAACAUCAGAAGAAAAAACAUCGGAGGAAGGAGGAGGAGGAAGAGGAAGAUUUGAGUGAAGAAGAGAGAGUAUCGUCAAGAAGAUCACAAUCAAAGCAUAAAUAUCAUCAUAAAGAUAGCUAUGAUGAGAAAUCAGAGAGAAAGAGGAGAAAGAGAGAGAGUGAGAGCUCUCGGCUCAAGGACAGUCACCGACACAAAAAGAAAAAACAUCACAAAAGAAGAGACACAGAUAGCAGUGACAGUAGUGAUGAAUGGAUAAAAAAAAGAUAAAAUUAAUAAUUACCUUUUAAUUUAAA